GCGGUGACGCUCUUGCUGUUACCCGACUUACCCGCCGGACCCAAUUCAUUCUCUCGCCGUUCGCCGUACACGCUACACUCGCGACGUCUCGUUACGCGCUCGUCGUCCAUUUUUUUGUGUCUGUACGUUUUUGUAACUGUGUGUGUGUGCCGCUUUCGGCGCGACUCGAUCAUCGCCAUUUACGACAUCGUAAACCGACGGUACCCGGUGUGAUUUUUUGAUAAUCGUUCGUUUGUUUAUUUGAAGAAAUAAUUUUUUUUCGUAUCGCGUUCGCUGUUCGCUCUGUGCGCCGACAUCAACCCGUUUUGAGAUAGAACUCACGUUAACUUAACCGCCGUCCGUACAGCAGCAAAGCUGCAGUGUGACGGAUUAAAGUGCGCCAAAUCUGCGGACCAGAUCGGUGACGGACGAGAAGAGGUACUCCAGAACUAGGCAUCUAGAGGAAGAGCGUUAUAACCGUCGUCCGACGUUAUAACUUUUACGGUACGUUCGUGUAUAUUCGUUUGAUUUAAACCCGCCGAUCACCAUGACCGUUACGUAUGGCGUGACGGGAACGACCACCGACGGAGGAGGAUCCGUCAACAACGGCAGGAGAGUGCUUAUGGCCAAAACCGAUUCCCUGAGCAACGUCAACAACAACAACAACAACAGCACCAGCGUCAACAACAACAACGGAUCCGCGUCGAUCACGGGCAAAGCGUCCGUGUUGAGCGUGAGGCGCGUGCUGUUCGGUCCACCGGCCGAUCCCGCGGAGACGCGGGCGUGGCUGGACAGACAGUUGUGCGCGGCCACCGCGGCCGAUUCGCGGUCGUGGAACUUUGAUUUCGUCAACGAACGUCCGCUGCGCGACAGCCCGGCCGACCGUUACGCGUGGGAACGUGUAUGUCCGCCGAAGCGUCGCGACGAGGCGGCCGCAACGGAUUCUACGACCGCUGCGACAGCACAACAACAACAACAACAACAACAACAAAGACGAAUGGCUGGCAAGCAUCAGCGACAAUCUAAAGUCACAGAUUUCAUGAGCAAAACCAAGAAACGACCGUUGAGUGUUGCCAGCAGGACACUGCGCUCUAACAACAAAGUCUUGGACGAACCUGAGUCGGCAAACAAGAGGAGUCGCCGGUCUGUCGCGACGACGACGACGACGACGACGAUGAUGGCUAUCUAAAACGAUAUAGGGAAAUAAGGCAGCACAGCUGAGUAAAUAUAUGAGAAUAAAAAUUAAUAUAAGAAUUGAAAAAAAGAAUAAAAUAUAAUUUGAUUACCCAAAAGUUUUUCACAUUUUCGACGCAAAAUUUCGAGAUCUCCCAAGUAUGGAUAGUCUUAACUAUAAUAUAAUAAUGAUAAUUUAUAUUUAUAUAUAAUCUUCUUCUCCAGGAAUCUUCCUGAUAUCGCACGUUCUUAUAUGACAUUAUUUUAUGUGUAUAUUUUUUUUUUUUUAACAAACCCCAUCGUUAUUGUACAGAUGUUUUUAAAUUUUAAAAAUUUUAAAAAUUAUGUAUUUUUUUUUUAAAAACAAUUAAUAUUUAUACUGUUUUGUUUUUUGAUCUCCUUCACGAAUAUUGUUCGGUUUUUAUCCACCGCUUAUGCGCAGACCAAUUUUGUUGUUUUAUUUGUCUACGUUAUAUUACAAAUUUAAUGAAAAACUUAUCUAUUAAAUGAAAGUUUUUUUUUUAAAAAAAAAACUUUUAUCCACCAUAAUAUAAUUAUAAUACUAUGUUAAGCAUAUUAUAGCUUAAUGUCUGUACGUUUAGUAUUAGCUCUAGAUUUUAAUGUUAACGUGCAAUUAUACAUUUAACUCUUUAAUUUUAGCUUGUUGAAAAAAUCAUAAAAAGAGUGGUAAGAAAAAACAUCACCAAAGUGAAGGAAAAAAUUAAAAAGUUUUUCGUCAGAUAAUUUUUUUUUAUUCGUUUUUUUUUUUUUUAAUAUGACGAUCUUUUUCCAUGAUUUAAUGUAUUUCAAUUUUCGAGAAGAUCUCAAUUUUAAUGAUAAAAAUCCAAAGAUUCAGUGGUCUCUUUAUAUCUAAUUUUACAAUGUCCAAAGAAAUAUAUCUGUCAAAAUCCAAUUCGCGAAUCAAAAUUUAAUCCAAAGGUGAUGUGUAUUACAAUCGGGUCUUCUACGCAGGCAUGAUAUUAGCGAAUUAUUUAUUAUUUGAUUAACUCGUCUAACGAGCGACGGUGAUUUGCAGGGGAAGGUUAUAUCAGUGUAGAUCAUUCGCAGUAUACAUCACCUUAUUUUAUAUUAUAAUAUAUAACUUAUUAAUCCGAGCUCGCCAAAAAUUUAUUUUAAAUUUAUGUGCAUCACAAAAUAAUAAUAUUAAAAACGAAAAUAUAAUCUUUAAACAGAAUUUUUUUCCAAUAUGGGACUGAAACGAUCUCAUUGUUUUAACUAUUUUUUUACACAAGGUUAUUUUGAACAAAAAAUUUCUCUUCUUUGUUGUGAAAAUAUCUUGUAUAGACUAAUUGUUUUUCUUGUUAGUAAAAAAAAAAAAAA